AGGGGAGAGAGCAAAGCCAGCCUCCAGCCAGCGGAAAACAGACUAUGCCAAGAGCAUAUUGAAAAGCUGUCUUCAGCCAGGGCUGGCCAGUUGAACAACUCCAUUCCCUGUUCCGAUUUGCACACUAGGCUCUUUGACGCAACAGAAAACUGUUCUCCUGUGUGUGUGUGUGUGUCCACCCCCUGCCCCCAUUUCCUCUUAAAUCUGCCUGGACAAUUUGGGUUUGUGAUUUUUUUCCUCUUCAGAUGCAAGUUUAUGUGAGGAUAUCUUCUUGACCAGUUCAUUCCAUGAGGCUGGGUUCUCUUCCUCGCCUCCCAACACACACUCACCUUCCUGUUUUCUGUCAGGAAACUGGAAAGGAACACAAGGCUCUCAUUGCAGAUCUGCGGCUGAACUCCUGACCAUUUGACAGUCAAGCGCUGCCCUAGCAAGCAGUGUUCACAGCUCGCUGGCAAGUUAGCAAUGCUCAGGAAUUAAAAAGCUGGUGAGCCUUAAGUGUGGUUUUUUUAAAAAAAAUCUUUGCAUUUUAAAGAAGUCUUCCGUGAUCUCCAGUGUGUCUUAUGCAAGAUAAUAAAUUAUCCUCAUUUUGAAAGUUGGAACAAAGUUACAUCUUGCACCUCACGGAAGACAGCAAUGCCCAGCAGUAUGGAAGAGUACAUGUAGGAUACUUGCUUACAAUUUUGUAAGUAACAAAGAAUUUUAGGGCAGUCAGUUUUGGAAGAUGUAUACUUUUGAAUUCCUUAUCUGUCUAGUAAUUUCCUUGUAACCUGUAUUUGCAUGGUACGGUAGACAUUUAUCUGAAAUGCUUUGGCUUUUAAAAUUUUUUUAAUUGAUCAAAACAGCAGUGCACUUUUUAAAGGAAAAGCAGACUAAGAAAAUACUCCUUUCUCUAUUCUCUGACAGAGGUAAGUUCCUUGUUCUCUUCUCUCAUAUUAGAAAGCAUAUCUUGAAAAGACAUGACUGUUCACAACUGGGCUGCAUUUACAAUGUUGUUAGUUGCCAUUUCUGCAAGCCAAUUAAAAUUAAAUGCAUGGGGGAAAACCCCAACACUAUGGAUUUCAACAUCUUACUUGCAGCAAACUUGAGUGUUUAAUAAGGCUUAGUCCCUAUCAAGUUUGUGCGUUUAGGACAACCCCAGAUAUUUAUCAAUUAUAACAAUGCUAUAACCCCAGGUAUUUAUCAAUUAUAACAAUGAAAUUAUAUGAAAUUGCUUUAAAAAAAUAAUCUGUUGAGAAGUCAGAUCUCCUUCAGCAUGGCAGUGGCAAAUGGAUUUUGUGUAUGAGUUAGCAAAUUUAGGAUGUCAAAGAAGAUAGACAAGCAUAAUGUUAAGCAUUGCACCUUAUGGGAUUUUCCAGUAGUGUAUGAACUUACUUUGUUUCCAAGCAGACCUUAUGCAUUUCUUAUUGAAUACAUUGGUACCUCAGGUUACAUACGCUUCAGGUUACAGACUCCGCUAACCCAGAAAUAGUGCUUCAGGUUAAGAACUUUGCUUCAGGAUGAGAACAGAAAUCAUGCUCUGGCGGCACGGCAGCAGCAGGAGGCCCCAUUAGCUAAAGUGGUGCUUCAGGUUAAGAACAGUUUCAGGUUAAGAACGGACCUCCGGAAUGAAUUAAGUACUUAACCCGAGGUACCACUGUAGUUAUUAUCAGGGCUAGCCUCAUGGGUGAUGAGGGAACUGCCUCAGGUGACAGGAUCCACAGAGGCACCAGAUCCCAAUCCCCACUUGUUCCCAGUGUAAAUCUUCACUCAGUCCUUCUCCCCUGGUGAGGAGGGGGGUGCCAUUUUGCGGUUCACCUCAGGAGCCAAAAUGUCUUGGGCCAGCCCUGGUUAUUACUUGCAGAAUAGAGAUUUGCAAAUAUAAUGACUCAGGGCUCCAGGAGAGAAGACCCUCCAAUCUUCUCCUCCAAUCCCACUCCUGUGAAGUAAACCAAGCCAUGAUUUUGUUUAACUUUAGGUCUGAAACUGGUUUCCCCUGUUUAAUUCGCUCUGUGAGAUUGCCACUCACAGUUUGCCUGGGGGAAUUCACUUCAAGUCCGGUUUGGGAUGUAAAGCUAAGCCAAACCAUGGCUUUUGAAGCCUAGUGUAGACCAAAUGACAUCUUGAAGUCCCCUAUCAGUUAAACAAGGGCUGGCCCAUUCAAGAGGCAGACUGAGGAAGCUGCCUCAGACGGCUGAAUCCAAGGGGCAUCUUAUGUGAUCUUCCCAAGACUCUGGUAAGCGAGGCUUCUGUGUGAUGUUGCAGUGCUCUAGUGCAAUCUAUAUGAAACCCAAACCCCAAAGCUGUGCCACUCCAAAAAGCAAUACAGUGGUACCUUGGUUCUCAAACGCCUUGGUACUCAAACAACUUGGAACCCAAAGAUUGCAAACCCAGAAGUAAGUUUUCCGGUUUGCGAACUUUUUUCAGAAGCCGAAUAUGCUCCAUUUUGAGUGUUACGCUUCCAAUUUGAGUGUUAUGCUGAGGUCUGUCUGUUUUUGCUAUCUAUUUUUUAUUUUCGUUUUUGUGGCUUUUUUGUUUCGUUUUUGUGACUGUGUGGAACCCAAUUCAGCUACUGAUUAAUUCAUUGUGUGACUGCAGUACAUUGUUUAUUGCUUUCAUUUUAUGGAUCAGUGGUCUCAUUGGAUAGUAAAAAUCAUGUUAAAUUGCUGUUUUAGGGGUUGUUUUAAAAAAUCUGGAACGGAUUAAUCCAUUUUGCACUACUUUCUAUGGGAAAGCACACCUUGGUUUUGGAACGCUUUGGUUUGGAACGGACUCCUGCUUAUUGAUCAAUUAUCCUGAUUUAUUUGCACAAAGUUUUCAGGGAGGUUAGACAACAACUGCUAUUUAUUGAAGAUUCAUUUUGAUUUCUGUGCCAAGCAAUUGUUUUCCCAUACUUUCCAGCGCGUUUUGCUGCCACCUUCCUUAUAGCAAAAAGUCCAGUGGGGGGGGGGGAGAAGUGGGUUUAUUGUACAAGAGAACCAAAUCAACUUAAUCCUGUAACCUGAAUUUCCCAGAAUGUGAUUCAAUCUCACCCCAAAAGAGCAAGAGUACUCUAUGUUGUUUUUACCUAAAAAAUUAGUGUGGAAACAUGGCAGCUUCCCAUACUAUUAACUGGAUAUUAAGGCACACACAACAUACAUUUGAAGCACAUGCCCCUCAAAAGUAAUAAUUAUGGGAGCUGUAGUUCACUCUUCGCAAAACUACAAUUCCCAGCAUCCUUAACAAACAACAGUUCCCAGGAUUAUUGGGGGGGCAGAGAAUGUGUUUUAAAUGUAUGGUGAGUAGAUAGCAGACAUUAGUGCCAGAUUAGAAGCACAGGACAAAGUCACUUAAAUGAGUAGCUGUAUUAUCUCCCCAACCCACCUAUCUUCAAUCAGUUGACUGCACUUAUUGCUGUAAUUCAAUCAUAGUUUGUUACAUGCUGUCAGAGAAAAAUGACAGUACAAUAUAUAAAGAAAAUUAGAUGGAGCAGGAGUAUCUGGCUUUUCUAGUUGUGUUAAUCAUGGAAGCAAUCUUUGUCCUGGAAGUAAAUUUUAGGUUGCUAGGUAGGAUGUUGGGACGCGGGUGGCACUGUGGGUUAAACCACAGAGCUUAGGACUUGCUGAUCAGAAGGUGCAGCGGUUCAAAUCCCCACGACGGGGUGAGCUCCUGUUGCUCGGUCCCUGCUCCUGCCAACCUAGCAGUUCAAAAGCACGUCAAAGUGCAAGUAGAUAAAUACUCCGGCGGGAAGGUAAACAGUGUUUCCGUGCGCUGCUCUGGUUCGCCAGAAGCAGCUUAGUCAUGCUGGCCACAUGACCCGGAAGCUGUGCACCGGCUCCCUUGGCCAAUAAAGCGAGAUGAGCGCCCAGAGUCGGCCACGACUGGACCUAAUGGUCAGGGGUCCCUUUACCUUUACCUUUAGGGAGCCUCCCAGACUGGCAGGGGAUGGGCAGGGUAUAAGUAAUAAAUUUAUUAUUAUUAUUAUUAUUAUUCAUCAUCAUUAUUAAAUUGUAACUAGUUUUUUUAAGAGAAACUACACUAUCCGAACAAGAAAACAAAUACAGUUUCAAUGUUAAGAGUUCUGAAUUAAACAAAACAAAAAACCCAUACAUAUAUUUAUCCACCAUGGCAUGAUGCUGCAAUCCUUAAACUAGCAUGUGAUGCACCUCUAAAGUAUUAUCGCUUGUCAAAAAUCCCAGUCUGAAAAUCCCAUUUUUAUUACUCGUGGUUGUUUUCCCAUUUAAUUAGAAAAGAGGCAGUCUUACCUGUAUCUUAUCAGGUUGUUCUCAUACCUGGUUGCACAAAUUGUUCCCAGAAGAGGUAAAGAGGUCGAGGGGGUGACCUCUUUCAUGACCUCCGGCGUCUGUUAUAGGCAGAUGGGGGGGGGCAAUCACCCCCCUCCAACUUGCUGCUGUCUUUGCAGCGUAAUUACCUGUGUUUUAAAGAUUGCUUCAGUUCCCUAGGACAACCGCAAACAUUUACCGGAACAUGACCCCAGAGAAAACACUUGAUCCAAUUGGCUUCAGGCAAUCUGGGGCUUGCUAAAGCUUGUAGGUUAGUUUGUAGGACCAGCCACUAAUACCCUAAGUGCCCAUCUGCACCUUACAUUUAAAGCAGUACAGUAUAUCCCAGAGUUGGUCACGACGGGACCUAAUGGUCAGGGGUCCCUUUACCUUUUACCUUUAUGGGACGCGGGUGGCGCUGUGGGUUAAACCACAGAGCCUAGGACUUGCCGAUCAGAAGGUCGGUGGUUCGAAUCCCCGCGACAGGGUUUGCUCCCGUUGCUCGGUCCCUGCUCCUGCCAACCUAGCAGUUCAAAAGCACAAAGUGCAAGUAGAUAAAUAGGUACCGCUCCGGCGGGAAGGUAAACGGCGUUUCCGUGCGCUGCUCUGGUUCGCCAGAAGCGGCUUAGUCAUGCUGGCCGCAUGACCCGGAAGCUGUACGCCGGCUCCCUCGGCCAAUAAAGUGAGAUGAGCACCGCAAUCCCAGAGUCGGCCACAACUGGACCAAAUGGUCAGGAGUCCCUUUACCUUUUACCUUUAUAUGCCAUUUUAAACAGGUGUGACUUCCCCUCAAAGAAUCCUGAGCACUGUAGUUCGUUAAAUGUGCUGAGAGACCCCUAUUCCCUUCAGAAAGCUACAAUUCUCAAGAGUGGUUUAACCACCAACCCAUCUUCCCAGGGAAGUCUGGGAACUGUAGCUUGGUGAGGGUAAAAAGGGUCUCCUAAAACUCUCAGCACCAUUAACAAACUACAGUUCCCAGGGUACUUUGGGGGAAGCCAUGUCUAUUUAAAGUGUUAUGACAGCUAUUCCUGGACAGGUAUUCAUGUUGGUCACCUUUCCAUCAAUCUUCCAGCAUCCAGAUUACUGGAGGCAUCUGAUGUGCUGUAUUUUUGCCAGUUAGCAUCAGGAAACAAUAUGAGAUAGUGAAAUAUUGUAUGCCACCGAGUUGCCAGGACUCCUGAGAUUCAGACCUUGAGAUAAAAGUGGAGUCUGAUGGACAAGCUAGGGAUAGGAGCAGAGCAAAGAGCACACCCUCUGACUCGCUACCCUAAGAUUUUAACUUCUGCGCUCACCAGACCACCAAAAUCUCGGAGACCUGGAAACUCUGAAGCAUAAAAAGGCCGUACUAGACCCUGUGCAAGGGAAGGAAUAUUUUAGAAAUGGGCUCUUGGCUGCCAAGUUCCCAUACCAAAUAUAUUUACUUUCACCGUGGCAGUCUGCCAUAUCCCCAAAGCCUGGAGCGCAUAGCAGUAUUUAUAAGGACAAAGAGAAUGGUAUGUUUUGAAGGUGACUUAAUUUCUCAAAAGAAAGCGCAGUGUAGAAGUUUGAAAGUAACAUAAAAACACAGGAUUUUUUAAUCAGGAGAUAUAUUGGCAACCAAAGUAGGCGGUUUUAAUUUUAUUUUUUCUUGCAUUUCGUGCAUCUGAUUUAGUGAUCUCUCUAGCCCACAAAAGCUUCUUCUAUCAUAAAUUUGUUUGUCUUUAAGGUGAGGUACUCAUGAUUCAAACUUGAAGGAAGUGAUAUAUCAGGCUUUCCCAAACUUGAGUCACCAGCUGUUGUUGGACUACAACUCCCAUCAUCCCUAGCUAGCAGAACCAGUGGUCAGGGAUGAUGGGAAUUGUAGUCCAAAACCAGCUGGCGACCCAAGUUUAGGAAACCCUAAAAAGAGAGAGAGAGAGAAGGGGGAUUAGCUAUGCCAGUCUGCUGCAGCAUAUGCAUUUACAGUGGUACCUCGGGUUAAGUACUUAAUUCGUUCCGGAGGUCCGUUCUUAACCUGAAACUGUUCUUCACUUGAAGCACCACUUUAGAUAAUGGGGCCUCCUGCUGCUGCCGCGCCGCAGGAGCCCGAUUUCUGUUCUUAUCCUGAAGCAAAGUUCUUAACCUGAAGCACUAUUUCUGGGUUAGCGGAGUGUGUAACCUGAAGCGUAUGUAACCUGAAGCGUAUGUAACCCGAGGUACCACUGUAUUUAGUCUUUAAGAUACUGCAAGAGUCUGGGUUUUGUUGUUUUUGUAAUUUCUAUUACAGUGGUACCUCGGGUUACAGACGCUUCAGGUUACAGACUCCACUAACCCAGAAAUAGUACCUCAGGUUAAGAACUUUGCUUCAGGAUGAGAACAGAAAUCGUGCUCCGGCGGUGCGGCAGCAGCAGGAGGCCCCAUUAGCUAAAGUGGUGCUUCAGGUUAAGAACAGUUUCAGGUUAAGAACGGACUUGCGGAACGAAUUAAGUACUUAACCCGAGGUACGACUGUAUUACUUUAAGAGACUGGUGUGCUGAUUGACAUGUGUGUUGUACGAAGCCUGGGGAUACUGAAGUGAAGGAUAACACGAAUGUUUGCUUCGCAGCAGGGCUAACUAAACUAAAUCGGAAAAUGUUGCCAAAUGCACGUCUUGAGUUGCAGCCCACAUGCAAAACCUGCCAGACUGGUGACACAAGUUCAGAUGAUGGCAACAGACCUGUGUCUUUCAAAUCCAGCACAGUGGACGCUCGGGUUGCGAAUGUGAUCCGUGCGGGAUGCACGUUCACAACCCGCAACAUUCACAACCUGCAGCGGCACGUCUGCGCACGUGCGGGUUGCGUUUCAGCACUUCUGCGCAUGUGUAAAGCGCGAUUUAGCGCUUCUGCGCAUGUGCGACCUCCGAAACCCAGAAGUAGCCCACUCCAGUACUUCCGGGUUUCAGCGCAUCCGUAACCCGAAAAAAUGCAACUGGAAGCAUCUGUAACCCGAGGUUGUAUGACUGUAUGUACAAUCAUGUAUUAAAGUGCAGGACUGGGGUCUGAGUGAAGGGGCACACAGGCGCCAAACAAAUAAUGCAUUUGGAAUGCAAGGUAUGUUUACUCUCUUGGGCCCAGGGCCAUCCUGAGACAUUCUGACACCUGAGGCAGACCGCAAAAUGGCAGCCCCCUGUGCGUCAAGGUAGGAGGGGCGAGGGAAGAUCUACAUCAGGAACAAGAGCUAAUAAAUAUUGGCAUCUGGAUCUGCUGCCCUAGUGGAUCCUGCCGCCUGAGACGGUUGCCUCAUCUUGCCUCACGGAUGGGCCGGCCCUGCCUGGGCUCACAAGCACUGGCUUUCCUGGAUUACUGAGGAUCCCAUGUUGUUGUUGUUUAGUCGUUUAGUCGUGUCCGACUCUUCGUGACCCCAUAGACCAGAGCACGCCAGGCACUCCUGUCUUCCACUGCCUCCCGCAGUUUGGUCAAACUCAUGGUGGUAGCUUCGAGAACACUAUCCAACCAUCUUGUCCUCUGUCGUCCCCUUCUCCUUGUGCCCUCCAUCUUUCCCAACAUCAGGGUCUUUUCCAGGGAGUCUUCUCUUCUCAUGAGGUGGCCAAAGUAUUAUUGGAGCCUCAGCUUCAGGAUCUGUCCUUCCAGUGAGCACUCAGGGCUGAUUUCCUUAAGAAUGGAUAGGUUUGAUCUUCUUGCAGUCCAUGGGACUCUCAAGAGUCUCCUCCAGCACCAUAAUUCAAAAGCGCCAAUUCUUCGGCGAUCAGCCUUCUUUAUGGUCUAGCUCUCACUUCCAUACAUCACUACUGGGAAAACCAUAGCUUUAAUUAUAUGGACCUUUGUCAGUAAGGUGAUGUCUCUGCUUUUUAAGAUGCUGUCUAGGUUUGUCAUUGCUUUUCUCCCAAGAAGCAGGCAUCUUUUAAUUUCAUGGCUGCUGUCGCCAUCUGCAGUGAUCAUGGAGCCCAAGAAAGUAAAAUCUCUCACUGCCUCCAUUUCUUCCCCUUCUAUUUGCCAGGAGGUGAUGGGCCCAGUGGCCACGAUCUUCAUUUUUUUGAUGUUGAGUUUCAGACCAUAUUUUGCGCUCUCCUCUUUCACCCUCAAUAAAAGGUUCUUUAAUUCCUCCUCAUAUCAGUGCCAUAUCAGUGAGGAUCCCAUAUCAGUGCCCAAACAUCAUUACAGACAUGCAAAACCAAGUCGCUUCCCUUUAAAUGCAAACAGCAGCUUCAGAGGAAGCGGUUUCGUUUCAACAGUUGCAGGGAGAGAAACGCUCAAUCAGCUGGGCUUUGACCUGAUCCACCAGAGCUCUGCUUAUGUUUCCUCUCGGUGCUCCACACAGGUGGUUGCCAUCAUAUCUACGGCUGACACAACAUACUUCUAACACUGAAUUAUGUAUAUUUGCUUCAGCAUUGAAAUUACUUGUGUACCAGGCUAAGUGCCAACUCAAGUAAUUAAAAACGCUUAUUACGGCAGAUCUGGAAUGUCACCAAGGAAGUCCAGGAACACUCGACUGGCUUCUCAUUCCAACAGGCCAGUGUAAGUAAGUGCCUUGUUUGUACAAACUUACCACAGUGAAAUAGAGAACUGGAAUUGCCUCUACUUUCACAUCUGAUAUGGCCCAGGGUCACAGAACUGAAGAGUUUUGUCUGGGAUGGUCUGCAACAGAUAUAAUCAUGCCUGAAAGCAAAGCAGAUGGUUUUAGGGAUGGUGGUGAUGAGCUUUGAGAUGCUCUCAAGAUGUGGUGGUGUGUACUGGCAUACUUUUUUAAAGCAAUUAGGAAGACCAUUGAAGGCGAUAACUCUAUCAAUGGUUAUUUAUUAGGUACAAUAGCAAUGUCUGCUGUAGUAGUACUCUACAAAGUCUGCUGGAAAAUGCACAGAGGUUUAUUCUGGAUGCAACUGAAGCUCUGUUUAUACCUUUUGAUGGAAGCUUUUGUCCAGGCUUGCACACUCUUCAGUUCGUAUUUGGAUAAAAACAAUGCAGCCUGGUCACAAAACUUGUUAAUUAACUAUAUAUACUGGGCCCUUUAAGUCUGAUUGAUUGAAAUUAUAUCAACCUUUGCUUCCUCAUUUGUUGCUUUCCCAUUAAAGCAGAACCCAGAAGCUGUGGGUUUCCUUUAAACAUCUGUAAUAAACACUGUGGCAGAUUCUCAUCACCAAAAGCUUCCUGUCUCGGAAGGGUCGCCUUGAUAAAGUUACAGCCCAAUCACCUUAAUGGAAGUGGAAUUAAGUUAGCAGCAGAAAAUACUAAGGAGUGACUGGGAAAGUCUUCAGUUGUGAUCUCAUGUCUGGGAAAGGAAACUUGAUCCAUUAUGCUGAAUGCAAAUCUAGCAUGCUGCGUUCAUGCAACCUCAAUGAAAAAGUCAUUUCAUUCAGAAAGCAUAAUGUGAAAUGCUGUAAUAUAAAUAGGGGGAGGAGGUGGGAUGGUGGUAGUAGUCCUGGAAGUUACCUAAAGGAGUAGAAUGAUGUAAUGGCCAGUGGGAGGAGGCAGAGUCCCUCAGCACUCAGAAUUCCCCCUGCCUUUGGACAUUAGAAGAAAUGCAAAACUGCCUGCUGAGAAUUCCUUUUGCUGAAGGACCCUGCAAAGAAAGAUUAAGGCGGACAGAAUAACCUUUCCUGUAAGUUUUUCUCUUCUCUCUCUGACUGGUAGCAUGUGUUAUUUGGACUAAAUGAAAAGCAACACUCGCCUUUGCUCGGGCCUCUCCUUUUCCUCCUCUCCUUUUCCUGUCACCCCCGACUUUGUGAUUGUAAGGUCUUUGGGACAGAGACCCAUCUCUUCUUUGCCAUUCCAUUCAUGUAUACAGAUGACGCUAUCUAUGCAAAAUAAUAAUAUGCAGUGUUAAGCUGUUUAGCAAAGCUUCCUAGAGUUUAAAUCGAGAGCAUGUUACUGGGCAGUGUAAAAUGAACAAUUUACACGGUACCUAUUUACCUGGAAGUAAGCCCUAUUGAUUUCCAGGUAUCUUACUUUCAAGUAGAGGGAUAUAGUCGUGGGACACAAGUUUAUGUCCUAUAUAUGCACAUGGAGACAGACGUUGUGCAACAGAGCUUCCAAUAUAUACAGUAGUACCUCAGGUUAAGUACUUAAUUCGUUCCGGAGGUCCGUUCUUAACCUGAAAGUGUUCUUAACCUGAAGCACCACUUUAGAUAAUGGGGCCUCUUGCUGCCGCCACAGCCCGAUUUCUGUUCUUAUCCUGAAGCAAAGUUCUUAACCUGAAGCACUAUUUCUGGGUUAGUGAAGUGUGUAACCUGAAGCGUAUGUAACCUGAAGUGUAUGUAACCUGAGGUACCACUGUACCGUGACAGCUGAGAUUCCUAAUUAUCCAGGAGUAGAACAACACUGUUUAAAUUUCCGCAGUGCAAAAUUACCGACGUACUGGGAACUUUCUGCUCGGAUGUUAUAGUAGAUGUUAUUUUUCCAGUACUUUCUGAUCCUACAUUUUCUCCAACUGCCUCAAGGCCAUGGGCACAGCCUCUUCCCUCCUACCCCAACCCCACAAUGUUAUCCUUGUUAACAGCUGUUUGAAUAAGAUAAAGCUGCAAUAUAAUGAUCUGGUUUAAGAUAAGGCUGCAAUAUAAUGAUCUGGUUUGCAGAUGAGAUGCCAGUAAGCCAAACUAUGGCUUAGCAGGACUGCAAAAACCUGCGGGAUUGCAGAGACAGGAGAAAAUCUACCUUAGCCAAUGGUUGAAGUGGGAAUCAACGGUUGUCAGGUGGCCGGGGGGGGGGGGAGAGGGGAGCAGUGCCUCCUAUUUGCCAAGAGGCCAUGUAAAGGCAGCUUUUGUGGGGGGGGGAGUGCCAAGAAGGGAGCAGAUCUGGCCUCAAAGGAAUGUUCUGUAGCCCUUGAAACCCUGUCAGAUGAUGAUGCAUUCCUUGGAGGCUGAAUCUGCUGCCCCUGUGGAUCCUACCGCCUGAGGCAGUCGCCUCACCUUGCCUCAUGGAUGGGCCGGUCCUGCUCCCUGGUCUUUUUUGCUCCCAUGUACACUGUGUUAGGGACGCGGGUGGCGCUGUGGGUUAAACCACAGAGCCUAGGAUUUGCCAAUCAGAAGGUCAGCUGUUCAAAUCCCCGCAAAGGGGUGAGCUCCUGCCAACCUAGCAGUCGAAAGCACGUCAAAGUGCAAGUAGAUAAAUAGGUACCACUCCGUCGGGAGGGUAAACGGCGUUUCCGUGCGCUGCUCUGGUUCGCCAGAAGCAGCUUAGUCAUGCUGGCCACAUGAUCCGGAAGCUGUAUGCCGGCUCCCUCGGCCAAUAAAGUGAGAUUAGCGCUGCAACCCCAGAGUUGGCCACAACUGGUCCUAAUGGUCAGGGGUCCCUUUACCUUUAUACUGUGUUAAGCCAAUCUUUGGCUUAGUGUGCCAUCAAGACUCCUCUCUGGGAGCUGGCACACUGGCACAAUCCUUGUAAACCAUAGUUUAGCUUAUCUUGUCACACAAGCCAGGUCAUCCAGCAAACAUCAUGGCUGAUCAGGGAGUUGAAUGUUGCGGAAGUCCAACAUUUCAACUGUUAUACCACAUUAGCUCUUAUGCUAACAGGCAGUAAAUACAUAUAUCUUCCAAUUACCAGCUUCAUAUAUGCAGGGGAGCCUGUUGUGAACCACCCAGAGAUCUAGAGGUGAAGGGCAGUAUACAAAAUGUAGUAAUAAUGAUGAUGAUGAUAAUAAUAAUAAUAAUAAUAAUAAUAAUAAUAACCUGUUCUGCUCCCCAAAAUGAACUAGCAUAAUUUACUAAAACUGCCCAUGUCUACUACUUUGAACUAUCUCUUCACCAUUAUGAGUGAAGAGAUCAACUUAGGAGACAAAGGACAGAGCUACAGACAACUUAUUAUUAAAGUGCUGUGAAGGAUAAUGAGCAUUCAACAAACCAUGGGUUAGAUUUCUUUCCCGACGAGGUACAAUCUCAGCCAUAUAUCACCUCCUAACCAAAGAGAACCAAACAGAUCCAUGCAAAUUUAAGUAACUGUACUAUCUAACUACCAAAGAUUUACAAAGCAGGUAGAAUUUCAACUAUUUGCCUCUUUAGUGUCCUUUGACUUAUAUUCCCACCUCCUAAACAAACAGGAAAAACAGGGUUGUCUUAUAUGAGAAUGAGUAGCCCAUAACACUGAAUUUUGUGAAAUGCCUUUGAAUGAUAACAUCAAAGUUUUGCCUUUUAGGGGUCAUAAGACUCUUUGCUGUUUUUGUUCCAACCAACUAACUCUGGCUACCCCUCUGGAAAUUUAGACAAUAAAUAGCACAUGAGAUAACGGGGUUUAUUAUGGAAAAAGAUGCAACUCAACUGAGAAAAGCUAUACACAGUAUCCUGGGGCCUGUGUAAUCGUUAGGGAUGGAUUCUUUAUUUGCAGUACUUUUACUUUGUUGUGUUCCCACCUUAAAUCGCUCAAAGGCCUAAAUGUGUAGUUACAAGAAAACAAAUUAGCAUAUGGAAAUUGUAUGCAAAUUUAUGCCAUGGACCUUUUAAGAAUCUAGCAACACCCCUGCCAUUGAAUGUCCCCUGAGCUUUCCUUGAAUAUCCCCCCCCCCAAAAUAAGUUCCAAAACUGGGGUGGGGGGGGACUGGUGCAGUAGGGAAGGAUCUCCGAAUAAGGGCCUGUAUAUUUAAGAAAGUAUUGCUCUUGAGAACUUUUUGACAGUUGCUGUUUGAAGAGCUCUCUGACCAAAGUCUUGAAGGUUGCUGCUGCUUUAAGAAAUAAACAGGAGUAUUCAUCUAAAUUGGUAAGGUGUAAUUUUAGUUUAUACUGUUAGCACACAACUAAUCCUUUCACGGCUUCUAUCACUGCUGUCAAAGGCGUAAUUGUGCAAAAUGAAGUGCAGGACACAGCUGCAUUUCAUACGCCUUGUGGACCUACUUCGAUGAAUAGCUAUCUGUCAGAAGCCACUUUGCACUUGGGAAACUGGAGGGUAUAGGCAUUUGGGAAAUGCCUAAAAGAGGGGAAAGGUGUUAAGCUGUUGACACUGAUGCGGGAAGAAUGGAGGGAGAGGCAGGCCUCAGCCUGGUGCUAAAACUCAGUAGCUUGUCUUUUGAUUAAGAAUGCCCAAUGCAUUCCAACCAUAGGCAGUCCUCAGGGCCGAGCAAAUGACAUAUGCUUAAAAAUGGAUGUUCAAACGAAUACAAAUAGCCAUAAGGAAUAUGAAGUAAAGAUGAUGUAAUACUGCAAGAACGACUCAAACAGAUUUUCCCGUCAACAUCCACACAGUGCAUUUAUAAGUGCUAACAGACAUGGAGGGAUGAACAUAUGAAGGCGCUGUAUGCCAAGCUUACGCUGGCUGGCAGUGGUUUUUAGGCUCAGGCAGAGGGUCAUCUGCUAUAUGAAUGGCAUCCCAUGAAACUGUUAGCAGACCUUGCAGCUUGGGUGAACUAGAUUGGAAGAAGCACUUACAGUUUCUGGAGUUCAAAGGCUUUAUGCAUGCAGGAACUAUUUAUAGGAUGAGUGGUGAGUGGAGACAGAAGGGAGGGCAAUAGCAGACAUCUUGUCUGGAGACAGCAGCAACAAGGCUCAGCUCUUUAGGGUGUAGUUAGUUAACUUGACAUAGAGGCUUACAAACAAGUGCUGUCUGGGUUGCUAGAUGAACAGUGCCCACUGGUGGUUCAAAGUAACAUACACAUUAACUGUGAACUAUGGCCUUCUCGGUAGUGGUGCCCUCCCUGUGGAACACCCUCCCUUCAGAUGUCAAGGAAAUAAACAACUAUCUGACUUUUAGAAGACAUCUGAAGGCAGCCCUAUACCGGAAAGUUUUUAAUGUUUGAUGCUUUAUUAUGUUUUAUAUAUUCUGUAAGCUGCCCAGAGUGGCUGGGGAAACCCAGCCAGAUGCACGGGGUGUAAAUAAUAAAAUUAUAGUCAUCUUCAUCAAUAUAAGGAAAUGUCUUGGCUUUCCAUCCCAAAACACUCAACAAUAAAACAGUUGCAAAUCCAAAGAGAUACAGGCUGAGAUAAGAAUCUCCACUUGAAAGGCUUGCUGAAAAAAGGAGGUCUUCAACAGGCACCAAAGAGAAUAGAGACAGAACUUAUCUGAUAAGUUAUGGGAACGAAUUCCAGAGGGUGGGCUGAUUCCUGCAUCACAUAGAAUGGACCUCCUGGUAUGAAGAUGCAGAGUAUAGUAAUAGGCUGGGUAUGUAAUCUGUGAUAUUGGUCUUUUAGGGCACCACCUGAUUUUUUAAGUGGAUGUGCCAAGGAACUUGGGCCUUUCAGAGGUUGCUGAGCCAUGCUCACCCCCUGCAGCCCCAGGGAUGAAGAAUAAGAAUUUUACAAGGUAAGGACCAUGUCCAUGAUAUCAGUGUAAAUUAUUUGCCGCCUUGUGAAAUGAACAUUGGAAUUAAAAAAAUCUUUCAAGCAUCCUUAUUGUGAAAACCUAAUUUGACUUGGGUAAAACAUUCAAAAAAUAGGUGCUAAGCUUGGACAGGGCAUGGAGGUGGGGGGAAACGCACAGCGCGUUGCUAAAGUGGUACCUCAGGUUAAGAACAGUUUCAGGGUAAGAACGGACCUCCAGAACCCAUUAAGUUCUUAACCCGAGGAAGCUAUUAAACACCAGGCCCUAGCAAACUGUUGAUCAGGUUUCAUUUCCACAGAUCAUAUCUUGCAAUGAGUCAGACAUGAGUAAAACGGCCUCUUUUGAAGAUGAAUUUCCUCACACAGUGUAUUCAUCUAAUUUGCUUUUCAGAUCGCUCCCCAUUGCUUCCAGCCAACAAGACUGAAACACCAUCAGCUGAUGCCAUUGAGUUGCCUCACACUGUUGGCUUUUGCGCUUGCCUUUUGAUGUAUGCAAUGCCGCCCUGUUCCCUCUACGUUUCCUGCAUGCCGCUAAGAGAACAUUCGUCAACGAAUCCAGGUGUGCCCAUGCAGGCAGCUUGCAAACUGGGUCCUGGGGAAAGCUGCUGCAAACCUUAGACCUGGCACCGGAGGAAUAUGUGGGCUCUGCCGCCAGAUGCUUAGCAGAACAUGGUUCGUCGAGGGAUCGUGGCAUGGCUCCCUCGGGUGGCCGUUCUGCUGGUGGUCCUCUGUUGUGCGGUGUCCGUGCUCUACAUGCUGGCCUGCACCCCGCGAGGUGACAACCAGCAGCUUGCCUUCCCCAGAGCCAACAGCCCUACGGGUAAAGAGGAGUACCAGGCGAUCUUGCAGGAAAGGGAAGAACACCACUGGGACUAUAUCAGCAGUCUGAAGAGGCAGAUUGCAGAGCUGAAAGAUGAGCUCCAGGAAAGGAGCCAGCAGCUGAAGAACAUGCAAGGCCACAGCACGGACUUGUUGGGAGUGGGGAUAGACCGGAGGGACCCCCAGAAGCCCCAGAAAGCCCUCUUGCAGUUCCUGCAUUCCCAGGUGGACAAAGCAGAGGUGCACACGGGAAUGAAGCUGCCCAAUGAGUAUGCUGCGGUGCCCUUUGAGAGCUUCACCCUUCACAGAGUGUACCAGCUAGAGAUGGGUUUGACGCGUCACCCCGAGGAGAAGCCGGUGCGGAAGGACAAGAGAGAUGAGUUGGCGGAGGCUGUUGAGCUGGGCUUGGAGACUUUGAACAGCCCAGAGAGGAACAGCAACACAAACCGCCGGGCAUAUUCCCCCUCUGACUUCAUAGAAGGUGUGUAUUCUUGGGAGUCACUCAGGGAUUGGUGAGGGAGUUUCUUGAAGGGGAUUCCUUAGACAAGGUGGGAGACUCCUUUUCUGUCCUCAGGUAGAAGCCGAGCUAGGCUUGGAUGGGAUUAAAAGUGCUAGUGUUCCAAUGUCCCUUUGGUAAAGCUCAGUAGCAAAAUACAGAAAGACUCCAGAAAUUGAACGGUAACAAAGGGCCUAUUCUACCUGGUGCCAAUCUCUCCAAUUACUUUCCCCAGAUAAUCUGUAUCUGUAUUUAAUUCACAAAUCACAAUUAGGGGGUGUAUACUUCCCAAACAUCUUAGGUAAAUACCUAAAAGACUUAAUGUGUGGAAUGGGUUUUAGUGAAAAUGAAACCAGAACACUUAUACAAACACUCUGAUGACAGAAGAAGGCCUGUUUGAGGCAAAUUUUGCUUUUUAAAUAAAUUCAUUACAUUUGUGUCCCGUCUUUCCUCCAAGGCAGUGGUUCUCAACCUGUGGGUCCCCAGAUGUUGUUGGACUACAACUCCCAUCAUCCCUGAGCUCUGGCCUUGCUAGCUAGGGGUAAUGGGAGUUGUAGUUCAACAACAUCUGGGGACCCACAGGUUGAGAAAGGCUGCUCCAAGGAGCUCAAGGUGGCAUAUCUGGUUCUCUUCCUCCCCACUUUUUAACCUGACAACAACCCUGUGAGGUAGGUUAGGCUGAGAGACUGUGAUUGGCCCAAGGACACCUAGUGAGAUUUGCGGCCGAGCAGCAAGUUCAACGCUGGACUCCCCGAUCCUAGUCCAGCCUUCUAACCACCACACCACAUAUAACAAUAACGCAUAAAAUGGGAGUGCAGGAUCUGUUUUUUCUUUAGCAAAAUUCCCACCCCCUACCCCCGUCCACUACUUAUCAACCCCCCAGCCAACCUCAGAUUUUUUCUCCCAGGUAGUAUUCUUUCAGAUAUUGGAACCCAGCUUAGCACAGGACAGGAUAACAACGAAAAUGAAGCUUUGGGGGAGAAAGCCACAGCCACAGGUUUAAACCACAGGGCCUACUGUCAUCAUUUGAGCCUUGUUAAAGGUAAAGGGCCCCUGACCAUUAGGUCCAGUCGCGGACGACUCUGGGGUUGCGGCGCUCAUUUCGCUUUAUUCGCUGAGGGAGCCGGCGUACAGCUUCCGGGUCAUGUAGCCAGCAUGACUAAGCCGCUUCUGGCGAACCAGAGCAACGCAUGGAAACGCCGUUUACCUUCCCACCGGAGUGGUACCUAUUUAUCUACUUGCACUUUGAUGUGCUUUCGAACUGCUAGGUUGGCAGGAGCAGGGACCGAGCAACGGGAGCUCACCCCGUCACGGGGAUUCGAACCGCUGACCUUCUGAUCGGCAAGCCCUAGGCUCAGUGGCUUGACCCACAGCGCCACCCGCAUCCCACUGAGCCUUAUUAGGUAUAUCUAACUUCUGCUAAGUGCAGCAACCAGUUUUUGUGUUUCAUUUUUUAUACUUGCAAUAAAAUUUAAAAAAUACAAGCAACGAAAAGGAAGAAUAUAAAAAUAUAGCCAGGUUGAUAUUUUGGAGAAAAAUGAAAGUGAAUGGGAAACUGAGGAGCAAAGUAACUGUUGACAAAGUUUGGGUGUGUAAGUUAUUUAGCUGAAUCAUGAGGGGAAAUGACCAUCUAUAUUUGCUUGGAAUGUGAUCAGAAACUUGGAAGACUUCUAUAUACAAGAAAAAGGGAAACCAUGGGAUCUUUAACAGCUUUUUAAAAUAAAACAGUGGAAGGCCUUCAUUUCUGCACUUGCUGAGUAAGUUUGUAUAUAAUCACUUCAUCCCAAAUUUGAUCAAUCCACUGUUGUUUGGGAGAUGUCCAGCACGACUUCAACCUUCUCUGCUGCACACAGUUGCUUAAGAAGCGAUUUUGACUGAUUUUCUUUCCACUCAGCACUCAGAGGCCGCCUUCUUUAGAAAAAGCAAAGCAAAGGGUAGACUCUUCUGGCUUGCAUAUCAAUAGCAAAACUGCUUAAUCGUCUCCUGAAAGUCUAGCAGAGCACAUUCAUCUCAUCUGAUGCAACUCCUCUAGGUGCAGAGUCAUCUUCAGCCCUACAGAAUAGAAUAACAACACACCUUCAAAGUUAGUCCACUUCUUAACUCUUUCAGUGGCAGUUCCUUGCUUCAGGAUUAGGACUUUGACUCAUGAGAACGGGAAUCAUUAAGGAAACACACCAGUUGCUGCAAUGGCUCUGUUGAAACAUGAUUUUGUUUUUUUUUAAAUGAUAUUUAUUAAAAUUUCAAAAGGAAACGAUUACAUUAAAAAGAAAAUUAACAGUAAAAAGAAAAAAUACAAAAUACAAAAAAGAAAAACCAAUUAAAAACAAUUCCAUCUUUUCAUCACUUCUUUUACAUUUACUUGUUUCCCAGACCUCCUCAUACCUCCCUCUUUUGUAUUCCAAUUCAAUUUAUUAGUCCAGCGAUUCCUUUCCCUCCUUUUUGAUCCUGAUCUUGAAUCCUGAUAUAUUAUAACAUUAAAUUUUUAGAUAUUAAAAACCAAUUUUUCCAUAUUCUUUUAUACCAUUACCGCUAGAAACUGCAUAACAUCAAUCCGUCAUCAUUCUAACAUUCAUUAAUUUUACAAUAUUUCUGUAAGUAGUCUUUAAAUUUCUUCCAAUCUUCUUCCACCGACUCUUCUCCCUGGUCUCGGAUUCUGCCAGUCAUUUCCGCCAAUUCCAUAUAGUCCAUCAUUUUCAUCUGCCAUUCCUCCAGUGUGGGUAGAUCUUGUGUCUUCCAAUGCUUUGCAAUAAGUAUUCUUGCUGCUGUUGUAGCAUACAUAAAGAAAGUUCUGUCCUUCUUUAACACCGAUUGGUCGACUAUGCCCAGGAGAAAGGCCUCUGGUUUCUUCAAGAAGGUAUAUUUAAAUACCUUUUUUAAUUCAUUAUAAAUCAUCUCCCAGAAAACCUUAAUCCUUGGGCACGUCCACCAAAGGUGAAAGAAUGUACCUUCAUGAAACAUGUUUUUAAAAGUGUGCAGUUUUCCAAGUAAAGCUAAAGGGUAAAGGGACCCCUGACCAUUAGGUCCAGUCAUGGCCGACUCUGGGGUUGCGGCGCUCAUCUCGCUUUAUUGGCCGAGGGAGCCGGCAUACAGCUUCCGGGUCAUGUGGCCAGCAUGACUAAGCUGCUUCUGGCCAACCAGAGCAGUGCACAGAAAUGCCUUUUAUCUUCCCACUGGAGAGGUACCUAUUUAUCUACUUGCACUUUGACGUGCUUUCGAACCGCUAGGUGGGCAGGAGCAGGGACGAAGCAACGGGAGCUCACCCCAUCGCGGGGAUUCGAACUGCCAACCUUCCACUUGGCAAGCCCUAGGCUCUGUGGUUUAGACCACAGUGCCACCCGCGUCCCAUGCAGCUUUCCAAAGGGUGGCAUAUAAAGCAUUUUUAUGCAAUUCUUUCACAGUGGCUGUGAUGAUGACACCUGUUUUCUGGGUGGCAUCGAGAAACCUGCUAGUUCAUCAAGCUUCUUUUAUAUUUCACAGAAUCAUAGAAACGCAGAAUUGUAGUAUUGGCUGGGAUUCUGGGGCUCAUCCUGACCAACCCUCGACAAUACAGGAAUCUCAGCUAAAGCAUCCAUGGCAGAUGGCUGUCCAACUUCUGCUUCAAAACCUCCAAGGAAGGAGAACCCAUUACCUCCUGAGGGAGAUUGUUCCACUGCCAAACAGUUCUUACUAUCAGAUAGCUCUUCCUGGUGUUUACUUGGAAUCUGCUUUCUAGUGACAUGAAGUCAUUGGCUUCGGUUCUGCCCUCUGGAGCAGGAGAAAACAUCCCCUAUGGGACAGCCCUUGAGAUAUUUGAAGAUGGCUAUCAUAUCUCCUCUCAAGUCUCUUCUUUUCCAGGCUAAACAUGCCCAGCUCCUUCAACCAAGCUCCUCAUAAGACUUGGUUUCCAGACCUUUGAUCAUCUUGGUUGCCCUCCUCUGCACACGUUCCAGCUUCUCAAUAUCCUUCUUAAAUUGUGACAUCCAGGAUCAGACACAGUAUUCCAGGUGUGGUCUGACCAAGGCAGAAUAGAGUGGUACUAUUACUUCCCUUCAGGAUUUUUGUUGGGGGGAGUGCAGGCCUUUUGAUAGAGAGGGCAGAACCUCAGUUUGCUAUGACUUUUAUUGAUUUUUAUUGAUUCAGGAAGGGAAACUGCCUACUUUAUGUGAAUCAAAUGAAAUAGGAACGGCUGUUGGGACUGUAGAGAAGAGUAUCUGAGAAACCAAAACAGGACUGUGCUUAACUCUUCCCGUAACAUUAUAUUUUCCCACAUUCUCAGUAGCUUGAACUUCAGCUCAUCUUCCUAGGAGAUUCACGAGGAAACAAAUUUUAAAAGGAAAUAACUUCUAGUUGAGAAGGAGAUGAAAACCUUGCCUACAAAAUAACAAAAUUAAGGGAAUACAAAAUGAGUCUUGCAGCAAGCCCCGAGUGCUACAUUUUCCCUCCAUAUGAGCAGAAAAAAAACCAAAGUAUAAAUCUGCACUCACUUCUGAAAUUCCUUGCUAACUGCUGCUUUCCCCUUUGUUUCCCUGACAGGCCUUCGUCGGAUAGAGAGAGAUAAAGGCACUCUGUACGAGUUGAUAUUCAAGGGAGGCAAAGCAUACGAAUUUGAGCGAAUUGUCCUAUUCAGACCGUUUGGCCCCAUCAUGAAAGUUAAGAAUGAAAACCUCAAUAUGGCCGACACCCUUAUCAAUGUCAUAGUCCCUCUGGCUAAAAGAGCCAGCAAGUUCCGGCAAUUCAUGCAGAAUUUCAGGUUAGUAAAGCUGCAUGCUCUCACUGCCUCCCCAGAGCCGUGCACCGAUACUUCUUCUUUGGUAAUAAUAGCUUUUCUUACAAAUACAGUCAUAGGUAAAGGUAAAGGGACCCCUGACCAUUAGGUCCAGUCGUGGCCAACUCUGGGGUUGUGGUGCUCAUCUCGCUUUAUUGGCUGAAGAAGCCGGCGUACAGCUUCCGGGUCAUGUGGCCAGCAUGACUAAGCCGCUUCUGGCGAACCAGAGCAGCGCACGGAAACGCCGUUUACCUUCCCGCCGGAGCGGUACCUAUUUAUCUACUUGCACUUUGACGUGCUUUCAAACUGCUAGGUUGGCAGGAGCAGGGACCGCAACGGGAGCUCACCCCGUCGCAGGGAUUCGAACCGCCGACCUUCUGAUCGGCAAGUCCUAGGCUCUGUGGUUUAGACCACAGCGCCACCCGCGUCCGAAUACAGUCAUACCGCGGGAUAAAUACGCUUCAGGAUAAGUAUUUUCGGGUUGUGCUCCGCGGCGACCCGGAAGUAACGGAGCGUGUUACUUCCGGGUUUCGCCGCUCACGCAUGCGCAGAUGGUCAAAAUGAUGUCACACGCAUGCGCAGAAGCGGUGAACCGUGACCCGCACACGCACAGUUGCAUCUUACAUUCUGUUCAAGAUGCGGAUGGGGCUCCGGAGCGGAUCCCGUUUGCAUCCCGAGUUACCACUGUAUGCAAGCAGAGUAUUAAGUAGUGGGUUGACAAAGCAGAUGACACAGAGAUUUCUCCAAGUAGUUCUUUAUAAGUAAGCUGGGACUGAACUGAACUGAACACAGCUCAACCGGCUGGCUUUUAUAGGCAGCUGGCUGUCAACAUUGUAACAACACCCCAGGGUUUCCCGCCUAAAUUAACUGACGUGGACCUGAGUGAAAACUAUAUACAGUGGUACCUCGGGUUAAGUACUUAAUUCGUUCCAGAGGUCCGCUCUUAACCUGAAGCACCACUUUAGCUAAAGCGGCCUCCCGCUGCCGCUGCGCCGCCGGAGCACGAUUUCUGUUCUCAUCCUGAAGCAAAGUUCUUAACCCGAGGUACUAUUUCUGGGUUAGCGGAGUCUGUAAGCUGAAGCGUAUGUAACCUGAAGCGUAUGUAACCCGAGGUACCACUGUACACAAUACCCCUGGUGGCCAGGGUGAGAACUUCAAUACAUAACACAGAGCAUCAGCGCAGGCAAGGCUGUCCAUUUAGUUUCGCUUUAAUUAGUUACAAUUUUAUUAAGUUUCUUUUAGGUUUUACCUUACCCUUAUCCCCUAGCUCAGUGGAAGAGUACAGUCAAACCUCAGUCUCUGAAUGCCUCCAUUUUAGAAUUUUUCGGCCAGGAGCGUAGCUAGCUGCUCUGGCACCCGGAGCAGCGGGGGCGGGGCAAUCCGCCUAGGGGGGUGGCGAAGCGGGCUGCCCAUGGAGUCAGCCUGGCAGUCACAAGCCCUAUGCCGCCAUUUCGGGCAGUGCGGUGCCCCAAGCUACGUCAUUCCCAGGAGAGACGUGUGGCUCGGGUGCACUGCAGGCCAGGCCCCGCGGUAAGUGUCGCCCCCGCAGUGUGCUAUUUUGUCACGCCCCGCACUCCUUCCUACGCCCCUGUUUUGGGCUCCCGAACACUGAAAAACCAGAAGUAAGUGUUCCAGUUUUCGAACGUUUUCCGGAAGCCGAACAUUUGACGCGGCUUCCGCUUGAGUGCAGGAAGAUACAGCAGCCAACCGGAAGCUGUGUUUCGGUUUACGUGUGACAAUCAAGGUUUGACUGUACAUGCUUUUCAUGCCAAAGGCCCCAGUUUCAUUCCUUGGCAUCUCAUGGCCGAAACUUUGUACAGGAUGAAAACAGAGCAAACCUUGUGGGGUCUCUAGGCUCUCUCCAGCUACUGCGGAGAAGUCCGAGUCCCAAAAUCCAGUUUUAACCAUUCGUAUCCAGGGAGGUGCAUGCACAUAAAUGCACACAGAGCGUCCCUGCCCUUCCAUCCCCCCCAUCAUAUAACACAUGAUGUAACAUACUCAAACUGAAACUAUGAAAACCACACAAGUUACAGGGAACCAGGCAAGUUACAGGGAACCAGGCAGAGGGCCUUCUUGGUGGUGGAACGCCCUCCCACCAGAUGUCAAAGAGAACAACAACUACCAGUCUUUUAGAAGACAUCUGAAGGCAGCCCUGUUUAGGGAAGCUUUUAAUGUCUGAUGUAUUACGGUAUUUUAAUAUUUUGUUGGAAGCCGCCCAGAGUGGCUGGGGAACCCCAGCCAGAUGGGCAGGGUAUAAGUAAUAAAUUAUUGUUGUUAUUAUAAAACCAGUAGCAGAACUAAGGUGUGCGUCACUGUGGCCAGAUCAUGCAUAAUGGAAGGAAGCUUACACAUUUACUUCUGUUCCAGGGAGAUGGGUAUACAGCAGGACAGGAGAAUUCACCUCACUAUAGUUUACUUUGGGAAAGAACAAAUGAGCGAGGUAAAAGGAAUCCUUGAAAACACCUCCAGGUGAGUACAACCACGGAUGCCGUUCUUUCUUCAGAAAUCAAAGGGCAAACACUUGUUGGGCUGCCCUUCCUGUUAAGUUGUGGGUGAACAUAUCAGACGACACAGCGAUUCUUCAAACAACUCUUGUUUAUUCACAGGCCAGAACAGAACUGACUGAAGGGUUCAGUCAGCCUGCUUAUAUAGAGCUCCAGUACAACGUAACUGUAACCAUUUUCUUUAACUAUCCAAUCACUGAACGUCACUUUCGAUCCCUUAUUUGCAUAACUAUCUACAGUAUCCCCCUGCUGGCCCAGGGUGAGAACUUCAGUACAUAACACUUCCCAUCUCAUCUCAUUAGUGGUAAAGCCAUGUUUUUGUUUGGGUUGGAAGGCCUGUUUUGUACCAGCAAUGUUGUAUGACCCGGCUGCGGUUUUUCAGUGGAAAGAGGAAACCACUUCGUUGUGUCUGCAUGCUCAGAGGCGCAUCUUAUCACAUGUUACCCUAACAAUAGUUUCUGAAACUGGGUAUCUGGGCCAGACAGAGUGGGAGGGAGCAGGAGAACCUACUGGUCAUGGUUCCACGCUCAAAUGGGGUCUCAGAUUUAGACAUAUAUUUUUUUUUGGCAUUUGUAAGUCCCACAGUUCUUUUUAAUGCUUCUCAGACUAAAAUGUGACACACACUGUCAUCUUAGAGCUGCCGCUUCAAGCAACUAAGAGAUGCGAUUUGGCAGAAGACUUUUUUUAAAGGUUUUGUUUUGUUAAACUGCUUUAGUUUCUGUCUUAUGAAGGAGUUAGAAAUGCUCAUAAAUAUCAGUAAAUAUAUAUAUAUAUACACCUGCUCUAAUGGCAGUAGUUCAGGAGCCUCAAAAGCUGAAAGUGGCAAAAGCCUUUCUAGACCUGAAAGAUGGUCCACUGGUUACUUGGAUGAAACUCAGCUCCCUGUUAGGAAGAGAAAUUCCAGUUAAUAUUAUUAUUACUAUCCACAGGGGUGGCCAACUCUCAAGAGACUUGAUAUAAUUUCAUAAUUAAAAACUGGCAGUGAUCUAUCCCCAUUUUUUAGGGGUUCAUCUCAAAGUUGUUGAGCUUUUUUAGGGGUUAAAAAGUUUUUUUGUGAGGGGGAACGUCUGUUUUUGGGGGGGAGGGGGUUAAAGUAGGGUUACCAGACGUCCCCAGUUCCUGGGGACAGUCCCCAGAUUUGCAAAUCUGUCCCCGGGGAGCAUGGCAGCGGCAGCCUCAGCAGCCAGGAGCCAGCCUGGUAGCGCAAUUGGCUCUGGCCGGCUUCAGGAGCUGCUCGUUGCCAUGGCACCCACCAUUUUUCCUCGCCAGAAGUCCCCAUAUGAUGUGUCGUUUGCACAACACAUCAUAUGGGGACUUCCAGAGAGGAAAAAUGGGCACCACAUCAGUGAGCAGCUCCUGAAGCCGGCCAGAGCCAACUAUGCUACCAGGCUGGCUUCGGGCUGCCUACUGCUGCUGCUGCCGUCGCCACUGCCAAAGGGGAACUGGGGACGUCCAGCGGUACAGAUCUCCUGCCCCCUUUGUUUUGACUGAUCGGGGGAGGCUCGGGAGUUGCGGGCCGGUGUUGCCCAGUUUUUUAAAAAACAUUGCGUAUUUAUGUUUCACAGGGUGGGAAAGAAGGUCUUUGCAUCUUGCCUGGCAGAGAAACCGCGUCCCUUGUGUACCCCUUGGGCAAUGGCCGCCCACCCAUGACUCCCAAACCUCCCCUGAGCUGUCAAAACAAAGGGGGAAGGGGGCAGGAGAUCGGGGAAGGCUUGGGAGUCACGGGUGGGCGGUGCACUGUUGCCCAGUAUUUUAAAAACUCUGCACAUUUAUGUUUCACAGGGUGUGAAAGAAGGGCUUUGCACAUUUAUAUAAUAUGCAUGUGUGCUUGGGUCCAGGGUCUUUUGCCUCACCAUCCCCGCUACUGACUCCCUGUUGCUACCCAGCUUCAAAAAACAAAACAAAACAAAAGUGUCCCCAGAUUCAUUGAAAAAAAUCUGGUAACCAUAGGUUAAAGGCAAGGGGCAAAGGGGUAAAGUCACUCACAAAAAGAGCUCUAUGGAUGAAACAGAGAAAGCUCCAUCUUUCCUUCCAGAGAUCAAACAAUGGAGGGCAGGGCAAGGGGGCGUGACAGGAGUCAGUUUUAAAAAUGCUAAGGAAAGGGAGCCAGAGAUUGACCGCGAUCUAACAAAACCUCGCGGGGAUCUACCAGUAGAUCGCAAUCAACCCGUUGGACAUCCCUGCACUAGAGAAACUCGUUUCAGAAUUUGUCAGGAACCACCCCAUCCUGCAAGAUCUGUCAGAUGUAGCUGACCCUUCUAGCAUGUGGAAUAGUGAACAGUGGGCGUGGAACUAUUUCCCUCUGAGCUUGAGCAAGUGCCAACAUUUAUGACACUAUUAAAAACACAUUUGUGCUCUCAAGCCUUGGCUGGUGCUUGACUCCGGCAAGAUAAAGGUAAAGAUAAAGGGACCCCUGACCAUUAGGUCCAGUCGUGGUUGACUCUGGGGUUGCGGCGCUCAUCUCGCUUUAUUGGCCGAGGGAGCCGGCGUACAGCUUCCGGGUCAUGUGGCCAGCAUGACUAAGCCGCUUCUGGCGAACCAGAGCAGCGCACGGAAACGCCGUUUACCUUCCCACCAGAGCGGUACCUAUUUAUCUACUUGCACUUUGACGUGCUUUCGAACUGCUAGGUUGGCAGGAGCAGGGACCGAGCAACGGGAGCUCACCCCGUCGCAGGGAUACGAACCGCUGACCUUCUGAUCGGCAAGUCCUAGGCUCUGUGGUUUAACCCACAGCGCCACCCACAUCCCUCUCCGGCAAGAUACUAUACUCUUUAAAGCUGCUCUGGUUUACCAGCUGCUUUCAGUCUUUUGUGAUGCUGGUGUCUGGUAUGUAUUUUAAGAUUGUCGUUCACCAGCUCGAGACUGAUGUGAAGGGCAGUCUAAAAAAAGUUUUAAUACAUAAAAAAUACUCUACUAUAUUUCCCAAAGCACAUUUUGUGAUGUGGUCUCUCAUUAAGGCCAGAAACCGGUAAAAUCCAGAUCAGCCAACUUAGCAUUCAGGACUCAAGGCCAUUCCAGCAGCCGCCACAACAAAUCUGUUUGUCAUUAAGGUGCCACAAGACUCUCUUAUUUCUUCACUAGUGACGGGUGCUCCUGUUUGGUGCACAAUUCAUAGCUCUUCUUUGCUUUUUGGUUCAUUUUAUUUUCCAAAUGUAUUAUUUAGUAAUGCAAAAAAGACAUUAUAUUGUCUUAUCAGCAGAAAGUACUGUGCAGAUCACAGUAUUACAUUAAACGUAACAAAAAAUAAGGAGUAAGGUUAAAUACCUUCCCCAAAUCUUUGAUUCCAAAAGGCAAUACAAACCAUCCAUAUUUCAAUAACUCUAUUUAAAUAUCUUGUUACUAUUUAAAUAUCUCUAUUUAAAUAUCUUGUUAUUUAAAUAUCUUGUUUCUCACGCAUGAUUAUAGUUGUAAGAUAUGCUUAUGUAGCAAUGACUAUUGGAUCUUACAGCAAUAUCUCACGACUUCCUGAAUAUUGCUCAGAAUUAUGCACCAUUUUAAAAACAUGAUGACAUCACCAAAAGCUCUGCACUUAAUUGCCCCAUAUUCUCCAGCAUUAAUCACCAGGCAUCCUUUAUAAGUGCUUCAAUUUGUGGGUGAUUAAAUACAAUAAAUACCCCGUCUUUAAAAAUUAUGUAUCAAAUUUACUGAUAUCAGAGUUUUACAUAUUUUAUUUCCUGUUCAGUUCUAGGUAUUCUCCUGUACAUUAAUUCCUAGAUCUUUCCCCUAUUUGGGGGGAAUUUUGUUGUUGCUGUUGCUGCUGCUUCUGCUUCUGCUUCUUAUUUUAACUAUUUGUCUUCCUAAAGACAAAAGAGGCCAAAUAAUGCUUAUGUUGCCAUUCCUCCUUAUAUAGAUCAGCCAACUUCAAGAAUUAUACCUUCAUCCAGCUGAACGAAGAGUUCUCAAGAGGGAAAGGUCUGGACGUGGGUGCACGGUUUUGGAAAGGAAGCAAUGUUGUCCUCUUCUUCUGUGACGUAGAUAUAUACUUCACAGCAGAAUUUCUCAACACAUGUAGACUGAACACACAACCAGGUAUAGCUAUCCUUAGAUUUAGACCUUGGUCUGUUUCACCAACAUAGAGCGCUCAUCCAUGCUUGUCCCGUGCCAAGAAAGCAUGGGUCGAAGUGUUUUGCCUUUGCCUUUGCCCAUAGCUGUCAACUUACAGAUUUGAAAAUAAGGGACCAGCAACCUCAAAAAUAAGGGACCAGCAGCCAAAAUAAGGGAUUUUCCGGAAACAGGUAUGUUCAACUUCUGAGCCCCUCCGAGCCAAAGGCAGAAAGCCCAGCCAGCAGCCAAACAAAGCCUCAAGCGGUGGUUCCCACAGCGCAGCAACCCGGCAAAGGGGAUGCAGCAAGGGAAACCACCGUCACCUCUCAGCUGGGAAGCGCUGAGCAAAGGCGAGUCCCCAGGCAACGCGGCCGAUUUGAUUGGCACAAGGCAUGCAAGCUCCACCCCCCAGUCGUUCUUAGACUCCUUAUUGGGUGAGCAACGCAGCCAAGCAACACAGUUGGAGCCUCCCUCCUCCCUGGCCGGCAGGGAGGGAGGGAGAGGAGCUGCUUCCUUUGAAACCCGAGAAAUUUAAGGGACAUCAUCAAUAAGGGACAGCAGCGGGACACAGCGCUGGGAUAAGAGGCUUUCCUGCCAAAUAAGGGACGGUUAACAGCUAUGCCUUUGCCCCGCUGCUUUCCCCUGGAAAACCUACUCUUUAGUGCUAAAUUGGAACAAACAGCAAUCAGCAGGAAACUCGACUGCUCCCCCCCCGCCAAUUCAGUGCUAAAAUAUGGGCUUCCCCAGGGGAAAGUGGUGGGGCAAAUGGAAGUUUGGAUGAGCCUUAGGUUACAGCCCCUGUGACACAAGUGCAGGAUAGCUGGGAUCCAAGGAACUCGACAGCAAAGUUGCUAUCAGAAUGAUACCACUUUAAUCAACAGAACAAAGCAACUCCAAAAAGUUGGAUUCUUUUUCUACAAAAGGCUACAAACCCCCAAGGGCACUUAAAUCUAAGGCUAUGAACAUAAAAGUCAACACAUUCCAGAAUAAAAAAACAUAUAUGCAAACGUAGCACAAAUAACCCUGUUUUUUCAACACACUCUCAUUUUUAGGGAAGAAGGUGUUUUACCCAGUUCUUUUUAGCCAGUAUAAUCCAGGCCUAAUUUAUGGACACCACGAUUCCAUUCCACCUGUAGAACAGCAGUUGGUAAGUAAAUGGGUUAAAUGGCUUUAAAUGAUGUUCUAAAUCCAUAUAUACUAGGGAAAAAAGGCACACAAAUGUUAUCCCGCCUAAAAUAUGGAACUGUUUCAGCUCAAAAUCUUUUUAAAAUUGUGACGCACCAAUUAGAAGGCAAAGGAGCUUAGGACUGUGGUUUAUGAAUAUGCUGAGAAAGGGCAGCAAGGGAACUUUUGGACUGGUCUCUAUUUUCAGGUGAGAUUCGAUCACCAGCAAAUUCAUGUUGUGCAAUUAUAGUUCAUUGGGAUCUCUUGUGCAACAUACCUGCUCCCCCCCCCCAACUGGACUUUUUUCAAUAAGGGGGCAUGAUGUGGAAAUGCAUUGGGAAGUUUGGGAUAAGGCUUGCUUCAAUGCAGCAUCAGCUAACACCCCCAGAUAAAUCAGAAUAAAUGCUCAUUAAAGAGGCAACAUCAUCUAAUCUCCCUGCAAACAAAUCAGGAUGAACAUGCAGUAAUGAUAUCAUCUGAAAGUGAUGAUGCCUUAGUAUUCAAAUCCCAAACCUCAGCUUGUCUGAAAUCAGCAAAAACAUGAAUUGCGUGUUCAGACCCAGAAACCUCCCCCCUAAAUAAAUUCACACGACUCAAAUUUUGGUUUUGGUUUUGGGCAGAAUUUAGGCCACAACUUUACUGAUUACAGAAAGUGACUGGUUGCAUAGGCUCUGGUUCGACUAGCUCCCUGCCAUGCAGGUAGCGCUGACCCAGGGUUCCAGCAUAGGUCAGCCAGGGGUGAACACCUGGAUAAGUGGAAAGCCGGGAAUGGGCUAACUCUGCCACCCAAAUGUCCCCCUGGACUCAGGCACGGGCACAACCCCCUCUCAGGGGUUGACCAAACCAUCGAGUCCCUGGAUUCAUUUAACAGAAUACCCUUCACCAUAGGGAUGGCGAGAGCAUUCUCCAUCCCUAUCACCUGAACCAGAGCCUAUCUGCAACCUUACAAGUUGUGACGAUUUGCUACGCGGCAGGCGAAACCCAAAUGGCAACAGCCCAUCAGCCAAGUGGGGAGAAUUCCUGCCGUGCCCCUGUCCCAAUGACAGACGACACACGACGACAUAGCAAGGUCAAGCGCACAGCCCUAAAAGUAGGGUGAGGUCGGCGGGUGUUCCAAAUGCACACGCCGAAAGAGGAAGCUCUGGGUCACGUGCAUGGGCAUAAAUAGGUCCCUUGAACUGUUUGGACUGCGUCCCAUUGGCCAGAUUGCACCCAGCCUCGAGGAACCUACCAAUCAGGUGUUGUGGCUGACCAAUGUUCCCACCCACAACACAGGGUGUCGGUUUUCCAGUUCUCACUGCAAUAUGUGCCCUCCUUAAGGGUAAAAGGUAAAAAGAUAAAGGGACCCCUGACCAUUAGGUCCACUCGUGGCCGACUCUGGGGUUGCGGCGCUCAUCUCACUUUAUUGGCCAAGGGAGCCGGCGUACAGCUUCCGGGUCCUGUGGCCAGCAUGACUAAGCCGCUUCUGGCGAACCAGAGCAGUGCACAGAAAUGCCGUUUACCUUCCCGCCAGAGCGGUACCUAUUUAUCUACUUGCACUUUGACGUGCUUUUGAACUGCUAGGUUGGCAGGAGCGGAAUCGAGCAACGGGAGCUCACCCCGUCGCAGAGAUUCGAACCGCCAACCUUCUGAUCGGCAAGUCCAAGAGGCUCAGUGGUUUAACCCACAGCGCCACCCGCGUCCUCUUUAAGGGAGGACCCGAUUAAUGGACUAUUACAUUCCACGUCUAUCAUGAGACAUUUUUUCUCUGUAGCCUCCCCAGGCUGCAGGUUGGGGAUAAUAAGAAUGGGCUGCACUUGUAUUAGCGGGGAAAAUGUAAAAAUGUUUUAAAACUCCUCAAGUCCACAUUUUUUCAUACAAAAUAAAAGUCAAGAGUCCAGGAGUCUUUGCUUCCACUUUGUUUGGUGGUGCUGGUGUCUGCUGCCCAAUCCUGGAUUUCUCCAUGGUUUCAAGCAUCACUAACAAGCCUUGUCUCCAGAUGAUGGAAGUGUCAGUCUCCUUUUUUUUAAAUAUGUCUAUAGCAGUAUGACAGUUUCAAGUGGCAGAUUUAUUUGGUAUGGAUAUAGCUAAAGACUGUGUAGGGACCUCACACACUAGGUGGGCCACCUGAAGACAUGCCAAGUCCUUAUUGUGUAUCUGAUUCCAGUGGCGUAGCGUGGGGGGUGCAGGGGGGGCCGGCCGCACCGGGCGCAACAUCUGGGGGGGGGGCGCGCUCGCACUCACAGCUCUCUGCCCCUACCUGGCUCACUCUCUCUCUCACUGCAGUGCUGGCUGUGCGAAUCCGAUCCGAGCCGCUGGGUCGCCGCCCACUGUGGAGGGGGUGGGUGCCAGGCGUGCGGUGCGGAGAGAGAGCGAGGGACUAUCUGGGGGAGGGACAGUGCAGCGGCCGCCCAGCACAGCGCUGAGCGUGGAAGAGAACCACACCAGACCAGACCAGGCAGCAGCAAGAAGAAGCUGGCAGCGGCGGCAGGUUAGGGGUUAGGGGUUAGGGGGUGCAAAUUACUUGCCUUGCCCCGGGUUAGGGGCGCAAAUUACUUGCCUUGCCCCGGGUGCUGACAACCCACGCUACGCCGCUGUCUGAUUCUAACAUGUGUGAUGUAAGAAUAUGAAAGAACGGCAAAGGUGAGAGAUAAGGGAGUGUUACCUGACUGCAGCUGGAAGCAGCCACCGCACAGGGAUAAAUGAUCUUUAUGUGAAAUAUGCACGCACAUAUACACAGAUAAACACACCUUUCUUUCUUCCAGGUUAUAAAAAAGGAGACGGGGUUUUGGAGAGACUUUGGUUUCGGAAUGACUUGCCAAUACCGCUCUGAUUAUAUCAACAUUGGUAAGAAAUGAAAUCAAAUGAAUAUUUAGAUAUUAAAUCCGAUCAAGGCUAGUUCCCACCAUGCCAAAUUGGUGUUACCUUUAUGUGGGGCACAGACAAGCCCCUUCUCUGGACCCUUAAGGCUCCCAAGCCAUUUUGGGAAUACAGUGGUACCUCCGGUUGUGGGCAGGAUCCGUUCUGGAGCUCCGGUCAGAUCCCGAGGUUUCCGCAACUGGAGGUGCCGCUUCUGCACAUGGCUCAGUUUAGCAUUUCUGCGCAUGUGUGCGGUGCGUAGAGCACUUCUGCGCAUAACGAAACCUGGAAAAAUACAUCCGGGUUUGCCGCAUAUGUAUCCCAAAGGAUAUGUAACUGGAGGUGAACACAAGUAGAGGUACCAUUGUAUAUUUUAAAACAUUGAGUCGUAUCCUGAUCUGAUCCAAAAGACUCUGCAAGUAAAGAAACGCAUUGACUCUUGAUUUCUCGCAGUGGCAACCAUCUUGAAAGGCUUUCCCCUCAGUUCCUGGGCCCACAGGUCUCUCUCCUUGUGCCACAAUCGCAUGAAACCUGUCUUUUUUUUCCUUAGGAGGAUUUGAUCUCGACAUAAAAGGCUGGGGAGGAGAAGACGUACAUCUGUACCGCAAAUACCUUCACAGCAACCUCAUUGUGGUCAGGACGCCUGUCCGGGGCCUCUUCCACCUCUGGCAUGAAAAGCACUGCUUGGAUGAGCUGACCCCAGAGCAGUACAAAAUGUGCAUUCAGUCCAAGGCCAUGAAUGAAGCCUCUCACGGCCAGCUGGGGAUGCUGUUCUUCAGGAGGGAAAUCGAGGCUCAUCGGCGCAAGCAGAAAGCAAGCAAUAAGAAGUCUUGAAGCCAAAUGAGGUCUUACUUGGAGAUAAAAACCAAGAACCUCAAAAUCUGACUCAGAAGGCUGUUCCCAAAACCACACUCGCAGGAGAGGAAAUGCUUCUCUUGGUUAUUUGCUUGCGGGGCUUUUGAUACCACCGUAGCCUUUUCUCUGUGCCCACACUGCAGCACACUCCAUUACGGCAUGGAGAAUAGCUUCCCCUCCAACCCCUCAACGGUUUGAUAUUUGAAGGACAAACAAGGUGGUUUUCCAACUUUGACUGACGCUACAAUAGGAUUACACAAAGCUUUACAUUUUAUCAAAUGGGUAGCGAGGUGCUCAUAAACUUGGAUUGAAUGAAAUCCCAGGGAGAUCUUUACAGAGUGGAGCCUGUAAUGCUGAAAUGAGGUUACUGACAAUAGCCCCGAUCCAGUUUUUCCUAGACUCUGUUGUUGUGAGUAACCAGUGGCCCUAGAUAGGGGAUGCACACGCAUAUCUGGGCCACAUGUGCCGCCAAUCCAAUUCAGUGGGGGUUACCAUAACACAAUGACUAGGAUCCAGAUCAGUUGCGUGGGUCAGGGCUCUCUUUUCAGACGAGCAUUUAGAUGUUUAUCUAAUGACUCCUAGCAGCUAGAAAGCGAACAAUGAAAGUUGAAUGUAUUAGCUCUAUAUGGAAGCCAACACCAUUAUCAAAAUUCAUUCUCUCUCUCUCUCAUAUACACCCACCCACAUGCCUCACAAAGCCAUAUCUUCUGAACUUCUGUGGAGUCAGUAAAGAUAAUAUGGUCACUUGUCCUUGAGUCUUCUCAAUUAUCAUUCUUUGCUUGUCCUCAACAGCGCACUUUGGGUUUUGUGUCCCUUUGCGCACACUUAACAUGCACAGAGCUGCUGAGAUGUAGCACAAUUUAACGGAAUGGUGAAAUGUUUUUGUGACUAGAUCUAAGGUCAGGUGGAUUGGUAAGUAAAGCCAAGAGGGGCUUUUAGCUAGAAGCACCAGUCCUGACUUGCACUGAACCUCAUACAGUUUGGAGACAUUAAAGAGAGAUGGAUUUAGCAGACAAUGAUUUUAUCUAGGACUUGACAUUAAUAUUUGCUGACUUGGAUUCUGCUUUCUUCUUACUCUUACGUGUUUGAGGUUCCAGCCUUUAAAACAGAGCAUCAUUUAAAUACAGACACAGAUGAAAAUAUAAGGUAUAUAUUUCCUGACAUACCUAGCUGUACAAACAAUUAGAUAAUACUGAUAAUUGAAAAGCAAGGGUAUAUAGUGGAGCCUUGUCCAGAUUCUGCGCAGAGAAGGCAAAUAGUCUCUUUUAAAAUUUCAGCCACUUUGCCUUUCAUUUUGGCAAAUCUUGAUCCAGAGUUUCUCACUCCAGGCCCCUGCAGAAAAGCGCUAUUUUUGUUCUGCAACAUGUUAUUGGCUCAAUAAUAGUGCAUUUAGUGAUGGAUUUAUACUGGACCAUCCACACAUGAUUCCACUUUAUUAUUCGUUCUGCGAUGCUUCUUCAAUGGUAUUUCAGUGCUGCUGUCUAGAGGGACACUCUUUGUACUAUAGCUCUACCAAAGCAGGACACAGAAUAAACUGGAACAUUUCCGGUACAAAAAGUGACAGGACAUCGGGAGAAAGUUACAGGACGUGCACUGAUUGGAAAGGAAGCAGUGUGUUCACCCUGAAACAUCUGGAGGCACAAACAGUAUUGGAAGUGGAAUCAAGUACAACCUCUCCAAUCGCAUCAUGAGCACAAAUCAUGAAGGCACAACGGGGGCCCAACCACACUUUUCCAUCCCCCCCCCCCGAUUCAGUGCUAAACCACGGGUUUUCUGGGGGAAAGAAGUGGGGCAAAUGCAAAACCACUCAGACCCAGCUUUCUAGGCCCAGGGGAAGCGUGAGUCUAAAAAGGGUGGCCCUCCACAGUGAACUGAAGAACACAAUUAAAAUGGGAUUCAGGCAAUGGAUGAGUCCAUUCCUUUACAGAGAGAGGGCUUGGUUAAAAAACCCCCCCGCAACAUUUCUCCUAACAUUUCCUAGCAAAAAACAGCAACACCCCUUUUUAGCAGCCCUAUUUUCAUACCCAGAGUCAGCAUUCAAAGUCCCCAUCGUUGCAUCCGCAACACAUGAGCAUCCAUUGCGAAGGACGGUUCUUUAUCUGCUGGUCAUUUACUUCGCAACCGUCUGUACUGCACUGGGUGCUGAAACAGGUAGUAUGUCUGCCUGGGUGGCUGUGGAGCAACAAAAGGAAAACAGUAGCAGUGUAGCGUGGGGACAAAUUUUCCGUCGCGCACGCUGGAGUCACUUGGCUUCACUUAGCAUCUGCCACCUGCAGAGACUGAGCUUCUAGCGAGUUCUGGAGAGGGCUGAAACUGGGAGAACUACCCUGCCUGGAUGUGACACACUGGCAGGUUUUAAUGGCACCCCACCCCCCAACAACUCCAAAGACAAAACGGCGAUAAGCCAGGGACAUGAUUUCACCGGGGUCUGAUCGCAGGAAAUGGAGGCAGUUUGAAGAUAUGAACAGUGGCCUUACUGCUCUUGACCACAUUCACUGGCUAAUGGGAGCAGAGAGGGCCCACCUUUCUGAAGACGACCCUAUUUCUGCAUUUGUGGCUUUCGCUAAUAAUAAUACAACCCUUUCAAGUAUUUACAGGAAAUGUGAAUUACACUUUGGAAAUGUUCUAUGUCUCCUGAUUGAACAGGAACACACAAGGGCAGGAUUCAGCCUGAACAAAGGUGUCUAUGGAAAGUUUUAAUUGCUGUAAUUAUCUUUCAAAAUAGAUUUAUUCUUUUGCUAUUUUC